AGCAAAAGAAAUGCCCACGUCUAGGCCAGGAAAGCAGGCUGGGAAAGCAAAAGGGCGGGGAAGAUCUGUCCCCAGUUAUAACGUGGCUGGAGAAAGCCAGACGGAAGGGGAAGCUAAGAUGAAAAGCAGUGGCCGAGUUUCAGAAGCUGUGAAUGGGAUAAAGCAUGAGCAGAAAGCAUCGGCUAGUCUUGGGCCAUCUCAGUUGGCUUUUGACAAGGAUGCCACCGUGUCCAGCCCCCAACCUGGCCAUGAUGGUCAUGGGUCUCCUGACAUAGACAGACCUUCGUUUAGUGACAGCAUUGACAUUUUACUGGAUUCUCCCUGGAGUGGAAAUGGCAGUGGUGACACAGCCCAAGACGGAGGCCCUGGUUCCAGGAUGCUACCCCCCUGUGUGGGCUGCACCAUGUUGAAGGCUGAGUUGGAUACAGUACGUGAGGAGCUCCGAUUAACCCAAGCUUCUACACUGUAUGGGUUGAGCGGUUCCUCUUUGCAGGACAUAUCAGAGGCUCUUGGCACUGUUGUACGGAUCCUGAACAACACAAAAUCUUUACCAGGAACAAACACAUCCCAGAACAUUGCUGAAAUCCCUAGUAGGCCAGUAUGGCGGGAAAGAAAUCAUCUCUGAAACCUUGCAUGGACCGAAUGUACCCCCAAAUCAAGAAAUUCAGCAGCAAUAUAAAUAUUAGAAGCUCCUGAUUUAAAAGGAGAGUGAAAAGCAGCCUUUCCUCUUGAUUGCCUGAGACUUACAACUAUCCCUGCCCAUGAUUCCCUAUCCCUUUCCCAUCCUGUUGGAUUGCUUAGGCUACAGCAGGCUCUGAACCAGAUGCUCUUUCCCUGCUAUGGUGCAAAUGUUGUCAUUCCUUUAUCCUUUUACUG